GGUCCUUAGAUGAUUUUAUGAGCAUGAUUCCAGACUCAGCUGAACUGAGGGAAUCAGGGGAGAAAAGCAAAAAGGUGGACACUUUUAGCACUGGGGCUUUCAUAGGUGAUGCUCCUGAAAAUGUUGAUACAGACCCUGAAGAAUCAGUAAAGGCAGCUGUGGAUACACAGAUUGGAAGCAGAACUUAUUCACUUGCUGCUGAGAAGGCUGCCAUGAUUGAAAUGACUCCGCCUUUAAUGGUGCAGUCCCUGCCUGAAGAGAUUAAAACAAUGACACAUGUAAUAUUUGCUCCGGGGAUGCAUGAAGAAUUAGAAUGUAGCUCCAUUUCGGAGACAACGCAAGCUGAGCACACAUUAAUAUUGAGCAGCAUGCAGCCAGUCAAGAAGGACUUAUUGCAACAAAACCCAUUAUUUACAAAAUCCCAGCUUUUGAUUCCUAGUUCCUUGGAGCAAUCGGACAGGCCCCAAAAUAUGGAUAUAUCUCUGAAGCCUCUAGAGACAUCCCAAGAGAUCCUUUCACUUGAUCCUCAAAAUAAGGACCAAGGUCUUUUCAGUUUACACAGUUCCAUCAAUAUAACUAAUGUGGGGUUAAAAAAGUCAGACAAAGGUGAUCAGGUGGCAGUGUUAGUUGAAGAUGAAAACCCUGCCCUGCUGGAGAUAAAAGAGGAAAAAAGGCCAGAGGAUAGGAAACUGUCAACAGUGGAGAAAUCAGAUAGUACUCACAAAAUCUCUCAUAUAAAUGAUUUUCAAAAAAAGUCUGCAACCCUUCAGGUAUCUAACAAGAAAACCUUAAGCAAUUUUUGUCGCUAUGGUUCCCAGUCAGCACUCGACACCAUACCCCCCUCUGGUAAAUCUGGGAAGUCUGUGCUGAAGCAGUUUUUUUGGAGGCAGUCCGGGACAGUUAAGUCCUCCAAACAAAAAGGAGGGGAGAAACUGCCAGGACGUGAUUUUCCCUCUUCACUGCAACAGCAACAAAAAGCUGAAGAUCUCUCCAUCUCAACGAAACUCAUGGAAUCCAUGUCCAGAUUUUCUAAGCUGUUGAACAGGAAAUACAGUAAAGAAAAAGGGGAAGGUGACAGGUCAACGGUAGCAUCUCCUCUUCCCAAGGGAAUGCUGCUGGGCAUUGGAGAUGCAAGCUCACACAAGAGAGCACCCAGUGAAUUCUACAAAUUGCCCAUUUUAAAGAAAAAGAAAGACAUCCACAUUCCCCUCACACCUGUGGAAUUGGCAGCAGUAGCAGACACUGGAUCAGACCGUCUGGCUGCAUACAAGACCUACAGCUUUCUCUCCGAAAUCAACAGAGGCCGUUUCAGUGUGGUGAGACAGUGUCAGGAUGACCAGAGCAAGCAACUAUUUGCAGCAAAGAUCAUCCCCUACAAACAAGAGCAGCAGCAGCAGGUAUUGCACGAAUACCAGCUGUUGAAGAAGUUGGACCACACUCACAUUGUCCAGCUACAUGCUGCCUUCAUCACCCCAUGCUACCUGGUGUUGAUUGAGGAGCUGUGUGCUGGACGUGAGCUUCUGCAUAACCUGGCUGAGAGGGACCUGUAUGCAGAGAUGCAUGUAGCAGAGCUCCUGCAGCAGAUUCUGAGCGGUGUGGACUACCUUCACAGCAGCUACAUUGUGCACCUGGACUUAAAGUCAGACAACAUACUUGUGACAGAUCACAACCUAUUGAAGAUAGUGGACCUGGGUUCAGCUCAGACCUUCACCCCAGGACAGACCCUCUCUGUGGAGCACAUUCAGGAAACGAAGGAGAACAAAGUAAAUAUUGCUCUUCCCAAAGCACCUGAAGUUUUAGAAAGGGAAGCUGUGGGACCUGAAACAGACAUCUGGGCCAUUGGCGUUUUGGUUUUUAUCAUGCUGAGUGGGGAUGACCCCUUCAAAUCUGAGCUGCACUGGGAAAGCGAAGACAACAUCAGGAAAGGGAAAAUACAGUUCAGCAGGUGCUAUCCUGGGCUUUCUGAGGGAUCAGUCAGUUUCAUCAAGAGGACUCUUAACUAUAAGCCCUGGGGAAGACCGUCAGCUGCUGAGUGCCUCCAAAUUCCAUGGGUUAAGGGGUUACAUCACUCAUCCCGCCACUGUCACUCCAUUGUGUGCUUCUCCACCGACAAACUGCAGGCUUAUCUUGGGGAGCAGGAGACGAAGCGAGAGAAAGCCUGCACAAAGAUGGAUGUGCCACUCCUCAGUUAAGGGCAGAUCCAAAUUAGCAAGGCGGAUAUCUCACUAAACUCACCAGCUACCAAUCAUAUUUGCAUGUCUGUGGAACCCAUCCAUAUGAGAGCAAAUUAAUAUGCCAUGAUGUUUAGUUUUAGUCUUAAUUUCAAAUAAUUCCAUUUUGCACAAGAAUUUCAAUAAAUAACAAAAUCAGAUACUCAGAUAUCCAUUUCUACAGAAAUGGCAAGCUUGUGAACAAGUUAAUGUGUACUGGGGAAUUGUCCUCAAGUUAAGAAAAAAUUUUCAUAGGAGAUUAGAUCAUAGUUAUUUACAUACUGUUGUCAAUUAACUUGUUUUGGGUGUUUGAACAGCAUUCUAACUAAUGCUAGAGUGAAAGCUGCAACUAGAAAAU